GUAUGAGCUCCCACACACCGCACUAAAUGACGCUUGGCUCUGCUGUAAACAGCACUGACGUUACACUGCGUGGUUUAGACAGUUAAAAGAGAGAGGUCAUUAUAAAGAGAAGACUCUGCUCCCGCUUUUAUCCUCACAUGCCAUCAUAACAACGAAGGCGCAUCACGGUCAUUCUGUCCACGGUGCAAUGGCACGGAAAACUGAAAUCCCUUCCUCUUACUAUGGUGAGCCGCGGAAGUUUGACCCAACUUUCCGAGGGCCCGUCCACAACAGGAGCUGCACCGACGUGCUAUGCUGCGUGAUUUUUGUCAUCGUCAUCCUGGGGUACAUCGCUCUGGGGACCGUUGCCUGGAUCCAUGGGGACCCGAGGAAGGUUGUGUUCCCCACAGACAGCUACGGCCAGUUCUGCGGACAAAAGGGCACCAGCAAUGCAAAGAAAGCCAUACUGUUUUAUUUCAACAUCCUCAAAUGCGCCAGUCCGGCUGUCCUGAUGAACCUGCAGUGCCCAACGACUCAGCUCUGCGUGCCCAGAUGCCCAGACAGGUUUGCCACGUACUCGGAGAUGCAGUACCACUACCGGUCUAACAGGAGCCUCUGGGAGUAUUACAGACAGUUCUGCAAGCCUGGCUUUGACAACCCACACAAGGCAGUCGCUCAGGUCCUGAGAGACGAGGACUGUCCCUCCAUGAUAGUGCCAAGCCGGCCCUUCCUCCAACGCUGUUUCCCCGACUUCAUCACCCGGAACGGCACACUCACCGUGGCCAACCGCACCUCCUUCAGGGAUGUUCUGGGGAAGAAGAGGAACGUCACUGAGCUCAGGGACGCCGCCAAUGGCAUCACUGGCCUUCUGCAUGCCAAGGAAGUCGGCAUGAAGAUCUUUGAGGACUUCGCCAACUCCUGGUACUGGAUUGUGAUCGGCUUGGUGCUGGCCAUGCUGGUCAGCCUGACCUUCAUCCUUCUCCUGAGGUUCACUGCUGGCUUCCUCUUCUGGUUCACCAUCUUUGGGGUCAUCGCUGUGGUGGGAUAUGGUAUCUGGCACUGUUACUGGGAGUUCAUCACGCUGAGGGUGAAGCCGAACAGUGACGUCUCGGACAUCGGCUUCCAGACCGAGCUGCAUAUCUACCUGCAGCUCAGCCAGACCUGGCUGCUCUUCAUGAUCUCGCUGUCCGCCAUCGAGGCCGUCAUCAUCCUGGUACUGGUGUUCCUGAGGAACAGGGUGCGAAUCGCAAUCGCACUGCUCAAGGAGGGCAGCAAGGCCAUCGGCUGCAUCAAGUCUAGCAUCUUCUACCCCGUAGUCACCUUCCUGCUCCUGGCCGUCUGCACCUCCUACUGGGCUGUGACAGCAGUCUUCUUAGCCUCCUCGGGAGAUGCCAUCUACAAAGUGAUGCCCUCACAGCCCAACUGCAUGUACGCCAACAUGACCUGUAACCCCGAGACCUUCAACAAGACCAACGUGAGCAGGGUGUGUGCAGGCGCCCAGUGCACCUUCGCUUUCUACGGCGGCGAGGGCCUCUACCAUCGCUACAUCUUCGUGCUGCAGCUCUGCAAUCUGCUCGUCUUCCUGUGGCUGAUCAACUUCAGCAUUGCACUGGGCCAGUGCACACUGGCCGGGGCCUUCGCCUCCUACUACUGGGCUCUGAAGAAGCCGACGGAUAUCCCCCCCUGUCCGCUGUUCACCGCGUUCAGCAGAGCUGUACGGUACCACACGGGAUCCCUGGCCUUCGGCUCCCUAAUCCUCGCCGUGGUGCAGCUCAUCCGAAUCGUCCUCGAGUACCUGGACCACAACCUGAAAGGUGCUCAGAAUAUGUUCUCCCGCUUUCUGCUCCGCUGCCUCAAGUGCUGCUUCUGGUGCCUGGAGCGCGUCAUCAAGUUCAUGAACCGAAACGCCUACAUCAUGAUUGCUAUAUACGGGAAGAACUUCUGCACAUCAGCCACAGAGGCCUUCUUCCUGCUGAUGAGGAACGUGGUGAGGGUGGCCGUGCUGGAUAAGGUGACAGACUUCCUGCUCUUCCUGGGGAAGGUGCUCAUCGCUGGCAGCGUGGGCGUCCUGGCUUUCUUCUUCUUCACACACAAAAUCCCCAUCAUCCAGGGGGAGGUGCCACCACUCAAUUACUACUGGGUGCCACUGCUGACUGUGAUCCUGGGCUCGUACCUCAUCGCUCACGGCUUCUUCAGCGUCUAUGGCAUGUGUGUGGACACACUCUUCCUCUGCUUCUGUGAGGAUCUGGAGAGGAACGACGGAACGCCCGCCAAGCCCUUCCUCAUGUCCCCGAGCCUGCACAGGAUUCUGGGAAAAAGCGAGCAGAGUCCUAAGGCGGCCCGGGGAUGAGCACCCCCCAGCAGUGGGGACAGACUGCUCCCGGUAGCUUUGUCACCCUAGCAUGCUUUAACAGGCCCUGGCUGGGCUCCCUGUGCUCUCCCAGGGGCCAGACAUGCAGCGAGCAGGCGAGGUCCACCGAGCUCGCCGGCAGGAAGCAGAGUGCUCCUCUCACUCUUUACCGUCUAAGGAGCAGACCACUUGGCUUUCCUUCGACACCGCAUCUCCUCCUGCUCACUGCUGCUUCCCCUCCCUAUCAAACGGGUUGUCAUUGGUGUGAUGGACGGUCGGCGUCCGCCUGUCCCUUGGUGCCCGUCCUGCGGAGCCUGACACUAUCGGGGCCAGUAUGAGGCACGAAGCUCAGCCUGUUUGCGUCUGACUGCCAGCCCCAGCAAACAUUUUUACUCUACAGGGCAGAAAUGAUGACUCAUAGGUUUGAGGAUGAUCAGUUCAGACGUGACCGCGAUGAACACCCCCCAGUGGUGACAGUGUGCAGUCACCAACCCAUGUUUACCAGAAUGCCAUGUCUUCUGGCUGUCAGUAUUGUUUUUUUUUAAGCAUUUAAUACAAGGGCUGAUUACAGUAAAGUGCCCCCUCCCCCCUCAAACAGGGUUCCUCACAGACUGACACCAGCUCCACGCUUCUCUCCCCCGGCCAGUUGGUGUCACGAGCCACACGCCAAAACAAACCCGUCGGCCAACGAGGGCAGCAUGUUACCCCCCCCCCCCACUGCACCCCGCUCAGCCACUGGCUUCCUACACCACCACUGCAUAGCACUCCGGCCCCCAGGAGGACAGACACCUGGCCAGGAAACCUGCAGCUGUCGAUGUGCCUAGUCCAGCAGACCGUGAUGAACAACCUUUUAGAAGAGUUUAAGAGGAUGCAAAAGCCAUUCUUUGGAUUUUUUUUUUUUUUUUUUUUUUUUUAAACAGGGCUGUAGUCAAGUGCUACCUUUUUUACAAUUCUAAUAUACUUGUUUUUGUAAUUUGGGGAGGGGUAUUUAAUGUCUUUGUAAUGGAAGUUUUUGUAAACCAGUCAAUGAAAACAUUUUCUAAAUAAAACUAUGAAAUUCAAGUCACAGCUUAACUGCUCAUAUCUGGUUUUUCCCUCCAUGAGUGAUACUGGGAGGGGUGAACUCGCCAAAUUUGAGAACCCCCCCUCAGCAUCAUCUGAAACGUGGCCAGCAAGCACGAGCUGUAGUACCCUACACCUGCCUCCAGAGGGAGCCUUUGCAUCUAGCAGUUGACAUCUUGGGUCAGCAGUCACCCCCUGCUACAUGUUCCGCCUGCGGGAGCCGAUGGCCUGAGGGGGGCCCUUGGGACAGAAUGGCAGAGUCCUCUGCAGCGCUGCAGGGACACUUGGAGGCACCGGAGGAAGUUGAGCAGAACAGCUAUAGGGCCAUGAGGCUCUGAACAUGCAGGAUCAAAAUGCACGUCUGCGCCAUUCUGAAGGGAAGCGCACAGCCAUGCAAUUCUACAACUUUCCUAAUUGGAGAAAGGCGGCAAAAUCCAGUAACUGCAACUACUAUGGGUCUUGGGCAGCUUCACAUUUAAAUCAUGAUCUCCUCAUCUUGGACAUGCUGGGAACAGCAAAUCCGCCCCCACGGGGCACUCAGCCUUGACAAACCAACCCCCCCCCAUAUUCAAAGCCAGAGAGACAAGACCAGGAGGUCCACUUCUGCAACC